CAGUUGGUUUUGGGCUUUUGUCUGUUUCGGUCAUGUUUACAAAAGUGAAGCGACAAUAUUUAUUGUUGUAAUAUUGUUUUUUGUUAAUUUAUUGUUUUAUUAAAAAAAGAAGAAAAACAAAUUGUUUUGUUAUUUAUGUUGGACAGACAGACGGUGGAGUUGUCAUAUGUAAACAAUAUUAUUUUUAAAUAAUGCAUUACUUUAAAUGUCUGUGCGUGAGAGACACUUUUUUAGUUCUAAUGUUAAACAUGAAAUAAAACAAAGUGCGGUUUUAAUAAAAUUAAAUGAUACAACAAUAAUAUUUAUAUAAAAACAGAUACAUUUAUUUUUUGGAUAUCUUAAACUGCUGCAACACUUAAAUAAAAACUUCCAAAAAAGCAACAACAUUUUAUGAGCAGCAAAAAAAAAUUAAAAUAAACUGAAAAAAUCAAAAAAACAAUUACAAGGUGAUGGGAUUUAAUAGCAACAACAAUAAUUUAAUUUGCUGACAAUGCUGCAGCAGCAGCAACAAUUACAACGGCCGCAACAGCAGCAAACAAAAACCGAGAGCUUGGGAAAGAAGUACUACCAACAAAAUGUAUACAAAAACUGAUGAAAGAGUGUCUGGAGUUGGGAGUUUUUGUUUAAACACUAACACUCGUUUUCGUAUUCGUACUCGCACUCUUACUCAUUUCACAUCUUGCUGAUAACUGAAUUAUUGGCAACAGCGAUCACUGCGACAGCAGCAGCAACAACAUCACGGCAAACGACGACAACAACUACGACGACGACUUGGCUAAAAGGAAACAAAAACUGGCUUCGUUAGUUGAUUGUCAUCCGUCGUCGCGAGUUGUUUUCAAAACGUCAAACCCAUAAUAUUCGUAUGAGAUGUCAAGGUGAUGCGCGUGUGCAAGUACGCGAUAAUGUUCAUACAACAAAAUAUAAUAAAAAAAACUCGAAGAAACAGAACAACAGAAGUUUGACAAGUAUUUUUUCGACAUAACCCCGGAAGAAUGAUAAAUUAUUUUUAUACUAGUGUUUAAAGUUCAACUAUUGUCAAGAGAACACAACACUCACGCUCUGUUCUAACACCAGAGUUUAAAAAUUAUGUUAAAUAUUGUGUAAACGAAAAACCCCAGUGCAAUAGUGUUCUUAAUUAUUUAAAAGAAAAAGCCACUUUAUCAAAAUAAUACUGAUUAAAAUCAAAAAAAUAUCUAAAAAUAAUAAAUAAAAAAAGAUGGGUACAAAAUCACCGGGUGGACCUCAACGUUGUCGUUUAAUACUUAAACAAUGUAUUGCGGUGCAAUUAUCAAAACCAGGUCAUACACUUGAUGAUUUUUGGAUGUACGAUUCCGGCUACAUGGUUUUUCAGAAUUUCUUGUCUGCAAAUGCACAAUGUUGGUGGAAUGCACCUUUAACGGCGGCUACACGAGCACUCAAAUACGCUGGUCAUGUAGCGCCAGGAAUGCUAUUAGUCAGUGGAGAACCAUGUGCCUUGGAGGUAGUAAGAGGUGCAUAUGCCAGAAGUGUUCUAAAGCCGCCAGCAACUUAUGUCAUCAGUUCAGUUGGUGACAUUGACGAUUGCAUUGUGACACCAAUUAUGCAAGGCCAGUUUACUCCAUUACCUGAAGCUCUUUGUGAUGUUAUUAUGGAUCUGACGGCUGAAGGUCAUUCGGCAACUAUUGAAAAUAUUCGUACAAGAAUUGAAGUGCGCUUUCCACAUAUGACUCCACCCUCAAUUGAAGUGAUUUAUGAUUCUUUGGCACAACUAAUGCAGGAACAAAAAAUCUAUCAAACAGCAAAAGGUUACUUUAUAUUAACACCAGAGCGUCGACGUAGCCGUUCACGACCUCGUAGUCAUCAUAAUGGUUUUAUGGACUUAGAUGAAUCAACUGAUAGUGUUCCCCAGGAACCGCGUACCAUGUUGAUGACUAAUGCUGAAGCUUUGCACUCGUUAUAUGGUGAAAUUUCAACAGAACGUGAUGGUGAUUUGACGCAUCAGUGCAUUCAAACGAAUUUAGCAGAUGUGAUAUGCGGUGGCAAUUCAAAUGACAAAAUUCUUUAUCCUCGAACAUCGAAACGAAGAAGUUCUUCUUUUCCCACACCACGCAGUCUAGAGAGAAGACACAGUUUACGACUCUUUGGUUCAUCGAAACGUUUACAGAGAUGUGCCUCUACAAGAAGUCUAUCAAAAACAUAUGCACAAACUUUAAAUACGGAUAGUAGCAGUUCGGAAUACCAAAGCACAGAUUCUUCAUCACCAAAAAAAGGAUCUUUGCUUUCACGACUAUUUCGUCGAAGUGGGCGAAAUAAGGCGCGACAACUUGAAACAUAUUCCGGCCAAUUUCCUCCAGCUGAAUGGUUUAACUCUAAAGCUGUACAUUUACAUAGUGUGGGCACACAGACACAAGAUCAUGAUAUGCCUACAAUACACACACUAUCGAAUUCGACUUUCUACGAUGGUUCCGAAUUGAGUCAACGCUCAUUAACGCUGCCUCGACGACAUCGACGUAAUUUAUCCAGUGAAUCGACAUUUUUAAUAUCGUCUCGUGAUUGCUCGCCAAUACGAAGACGUUCACCCGCUUAUUGUAGUAGUUCUUUGCCCAGAUCAACGCAAUCAAUACCAGCUACGGCGAAUGGAAACAGCAGUACCGUAGCAGCCACAAAAGGCAAUCAAUCGGCGGCAACAUUAUCAGCACGCACCAGUACACCCUACAAAAGUUCACAAAAGUCUAUACAAAGUGGAUCGGUGGCUCGACACAUGCUGGAGCACUCACCCUCACGAAGCGCCAACUCUUCACAAAAGUCAAAUAAUUCUGGGAGCAGAAGUCAAGAAACUAGAAAUGACUAUCGCAUGUGGCAGAGUGGUCCUUCCAGUUUGGAAUCGGGUAAAACUUCUCUAUACCCUUCAGGUCCUUCAAGUAUUGAUAGUGGUAAAGUAUCAUACAAUAGAGCAAGCGGUCAUUCUAGUCUUGAAUCUCAACGUUCGACAAGCUCAACGGUAAUACAACCCAGAUCUAUAAUCAUGCUUAAUGGCUCUCCUAGAGGGACACCUAGACAUCAAAUACUAAGAGCUAGAAAUGCAGAGCAAGUUAUGCGAAAUCAGUCUUCCACUACUACCAGCACCUCCUUUCCCAUUAAUGAAACUAGGUCCACAAAUAGUCGAGAUACCUCCAAUUCUGAGAAAGCAGAAAAUGCUGCAGCAAUUACCAACUCUACUUCAAAUAACUCCAUAACACUUAAAUUAACCACCUCCAAUGAUGGUCAGCACAAUCUUCCUAACACAAAAAUAGUGGUACAAAACACUCCGGCCCAUAGUGUUAUCACUUUCGAAAAUAGCAAAUUAACAGAAAAUUCAAAUGUGUUUAUCAUUAACAAUGAAACUACAACCAACGAAAGAGGAGAAAUUAUUAGAAAAACCUUAUCCAAACAACACAUGCCAGCAAUGCAGCAAUCGGCAAAUGAUAGACCAGAGAAAAGCAACCAUCAGUCAACAGAAACUGUUAGCGAACAAAAAUCAUCGGAAAAUGGCUCCUGUCGAGAGUCCGAUGCAGAUACGCUGUCAUAUAUGAGUACCUUAUCGGUCGACAAGUCUAAUGAUACCAACAACGAAUUGCCAAAGUUUUCCAAAAAUAUUUAUAAUGAUAAUACGACGACAACCAUGAACAACAGUCGAAAUUUGGGUUUACCACUACUACCUACAAAUACUGGUCAUUUAAUUUAUAAAAACAAUGUGCUCAAGAACUCCGAUUCUCCCGCCCAGUCACCAAGCGAAGAGAAAAGUCUUUCAGUGGUAGAAUUAUCAAAGCCAAAGGCAGAUAUUACAGGUUCUGUGGGCAAUUUAAGAUUUUAUGAAAAAAACUCCAAAGACUCGUUGGCCAAAGCCAUCAAUUCCAAUUGUGAGUUAAACAACUUGCGCUACGAAUCUUCUACGCUUUUGGCAAAAAAUGAUAAUCUCAAUUCAAAUACAUCCUUAAGUGGUGGCAGUUUGGUGCAGAUACUACAAAAGAACAGCAUUUCCCUUGGUAGUGAACCUAAUUUGGCACAAAAAGAUACGAAUUGUGCUACAACGACAGACAAAUCAAUACGUAAGGAUACCCUUGAUCGUCGUCUUAGUCUUUCUAAAGAUCACUCCGAAGCCGAAGAUCUAUUUAACUUUCCCAGCCUAACGGAUUUGUCUUUUAAUUUCACCUCAUUAGCAGCACAAAAAAUAUUACAGGGUGUUAGCUUAAAUAGCAUCGAUACAUUGAUGGAAUUAAACAUGGCUGCAGCGGCUGCUGCUGCGGCGGCUGCCAAUAACACGAAUGCGUCAGCAAUGGAAAAACCACAAAAUAAUCAACCCACAUCUGUAUGUACAGAUUUUGGUCUAGUUUAGCUUUAAACAUACAACAAUGUUGUGAAUGAGUGUGGCACACAACAGCAAGAAUUAAUGAGAUCAUAUUUAAUCGAAAUAAUUAAAUAAAUUAGAUUUUAGUCAAUGACCAAUGUGAGUAAAACAAGUAGAAAUACAUUGAACAUUUACAUAUAAAGCAUACUUUUGGCACAUUUGCGUAAACUGUUAGAUGAAAUUAUUCCCCUAAACAACAUUUAUCUAAACUAAGAAGUAAAUUUAACGUGUUACCAAACAUAGAAAUCCCAAAAAAAAUAUGGAAAACUGGGAUCUUAAGACAAUAACAUACUUAUUAAACAUGUAAAUAUUUUAAUGAAAAAAGUUUUACCAAUCAGCAUUUAAUAUUCUAUAAAAAAUUUAAUAAAAAUUCCAUACCGUUUGAGUGUACUAUAGAAUUACUUGGCCAGUAACCUUCAGCUAAAAUUUUAAUAAUUAACUAUCAGUGCCAAAAUAUACAUACAUACACAAUAUAUUAAAUAACGAAUAAAUUAGUAUAAUAUAAUUGCAAUAGCUCCACUUUUUAGUCAAUAUUUUUAAAUAAUCAGACUUCCCGCUCACAGAUAUAUUAGAGGGAAUACAUUAGGAAAUUUAUAACGUGAAUACAUUUGACUCAGGAUUUAGUUUGAAAAUUCAAAAUUAAACUUGCAUUUAUUUGUUUAAACUUAAUGUGCAUCUUAAAACCAUAAGUGGAAUAAAUUUUUUCGAAAGAAAACUUUAAUGCCAGUUGUAGAAAUAAACACAUUAAUAAAUAUAAUAUCCCAUAUAAAUAUACAUACUUAUACAUAUAUACCCUAUAGAUUUUAUAUUAAAUUUUGUAUAUAAUUAAAAUUACUUAUGUAUAGUAUAUAUAACACAAAUAAUUUAAGUAGUAUUACGCGACAUGUAAUGAACAAUAAUAAAAUAAUUAAAAAAAUAUAUAUAAACAUA